AUGGCGGAAGCGCGUCAGGAGGGGCGGUGUCGCGGCGUGACGUCAGUGGUGCCCAUGGCAGAGGGCAGAGGAAGGGGCAGAGGGGUGUGAUGGCAUCGUCGGUGGUGCGGGCCACGGUGCGCGCCGUCAGCAAGAGGAAGAUCCAGGCGACCCGCGCCGCCCUCACCCUGACCCCGUCAGCCGUCCAGAAGAUAAAACAACUUCUUAAAGACCAGCCAGAGCAUGUAGGUGUAAAAGUAGGUGUUCGUACGAGGGGAUGCAAUGGACUUUCUUAUACAUUAGAAUAUACAAAGUCUAAAGGAGACUCUGAUGAAGAAGUAGUUCAAGAUGGGGUUAGAGUGUUUAUUGAGAAGAAAGCGCAGCUGACUCUUCUAGGAACUGAAAUGGACUAUGUAGAAGAUAAAUUGUCCAGUGAAUUUGUCUUCAAUAAUCCAAACAUUAAAGGAACGUGUGGCUGUGGAGAAAGCUUUAACAUUUGAAAUCUCAGGACUACUUCUUUGACUUUAAACAUCACAAGACACUUGCUAUUUGGCUUUCCGGAAGGAGAUAAAUUUUCUUCAGGUUCUAGGGUGUGUAGAGUCUGGGCACCACUAAGGAAAAUAAAGUUAAAUCAUGCUGAAUAUGUGAAUUGUGUGUUAAAUUGCAGCACUGAUGCAGUUAUCCUGUAACUUUUGAUGAGUUGGAAUCCAAAAGGUAAGAACAGGAAGUGCUAUCAUCAUGUCGCUGUACUUCUACAUAUCAAGGAAAUAAAACUCUGCUAUUCUUUUCCUUUGCAAUUUUCUUUGUCCACUCAUUCCCUAUCCAAAACUGAUGCAAUUUGAGAAAGUAUAUUGCCAGUAUGUUCUGGUUUCAAUUAUGAGAGGGGAAAAAAAAAAUAAGUCAUCACUUAGACGUGUUUUAUGUACACAGACAUAUGGUCUUCAUCUUCAGAGUUCACUGAUUAUGUAAAUGCUUACUUUCCUUUCCUAGAUUUCUGAUACUUUCAUGUUUUCAUGAAUCUGGUAGCCUACUUUCCUCUAAAUCCAGAGAAGUCCAAAAAGGAGUUUGUAUACUGAAGCAGUGUUAGGCUGCUAAAGCACUGCUUGUAGAAAUAGUAAAAAAUGUGCUAACUAAAUAUUAAUCCUGUUCCUUGCAUUGUUGAUGGCACAGCCUAUGCUGUACUUAGUGAUUUUUCAAAAACAUAAAAUAUAUUCAGGUACUGGAGUGCUAAUUAGGAUACAGCCCACGUUCCUCACAUUUCUGUUGUUUAUCUUUCGUGACUUAAAUUGCAAAGGUGUUAAAAGUUCUCCAGAUUUUGAUUCUGUGUUCACAGGAUGUGUCUGUAUUCUCAUUAUGCUAUCUGCCUACCAAAGCCAUAAGUUGCUUUUUCUGGGAGAUAAACCUUUAACUUUUUUAACCAUGUGUGCUACUCCUUCUGAUAGAAUUCUAAACUCUGCUUAGUAACUAGCGCUAGCAUCUUUCAUUUUAAAAGCUUAUGGUAACUUAUGUGUAACGGCUAAUUGAAGGUUAAUUUAGUAACAGGAAUCCAUUUAUCAUUUAAAAAAAUAAAAAAGCUCUUAUUGAGUAAUUCUUUUAAAAAUAUUUCUGUCAGUAAUUAAAGAAACUGAUAGUUCCUAAUCAGAUUAUUCCGUUUCUGAAGCAGUGUUUUUCUAGGGGAUGCUAUUCCACUGGAAAUCAGGCAGUCUUGAGGACUUCCCAAAGCUGAUAGGAGAAAAGUACAGUUCCAUCCUUUUAUCUUUAAUUUCCCUGUUUGCCUAAAGAGGAGACUGUGCAGCUAAACUCCUUUUUGUAGACAAGACAGUAACUUCUUAGGGUUAGUUUCCCAGGUUAACACUUAGUCAAAAGAGUGGAAAUAGAAAGUAGAGGAUUCUGGGGGCUGGGCUCUUAGCAGCAUGAACAGCUUGGCAACAGUAACAUGCUACAGAUGUAAGAUUGCAGCCAGUUAGAUCUGGCUUGAGAAAAUAUGUAGAGGCAAGAAGAAAAAUGAAAAAUUUAAACCAUUUUUGGUAUGUACUGCAUAGGAAUUGAAGGCCGGGAUUUCCAGAGCUGUUGAUUAAUAUUAAAUGCUUAAAUUUUAGUUAUACACUAUGUCACCUUUUGAUGUAAAAACACUUCUUUCUUUAGUAGGCAAGUACUAUACACAGUUACUUUAUCUUAUACAAUAAUUCAGGAGUAACUGGUAUAACACUGGUUAGGUGAAUUUAUAGUGCCGUAAACCCUUUUGUCUUGCCAAACAAAAAUCCAGUUAAUGUGAUAGUAUGCCUAAAACUACAAGCUAAUGGCAUUUCUUCAGACUGCGUUGCUGUGCUCCUUGUUAGCAGAUAAAACUAUGAAUGUAGUAGCACUGGUUUUUGCUAAGAGUGCUUUGAUUUUACUCAUUUUGCUUAUUUCAGUGUGCAUUUGGUUUUGGGGAUGUUUUUGGACCUGUGCACAUGCAUUAAUCUUUUUCAUGUGUUUUGUGUAUGCCUUGAAUGGAAGUUUGCAUUUUCAUACUCUUUAAAUACUCUUUUCAAACGUGUUAAUUUACUGACACAUAACGCACAGUCUGUUAAAGCUUCUGCUUAAGUGCUGUUUACUGUUCUAUAGGCACAUGGUUUUGUCAGUUGAUACAAUUUUGUGCAAUACUGUAUGUAGAGAUCUGAAUUAUAAUAAUAAAUAUUACCUGUUGGUAAAUGUGAAAGAU